CACUUAUCAGCUUAUAGACUUGGUGUCAACAUGUCAGGGUUUUAUCCCGUGAAAGGAUUCGAAGUGUCAGCUUUGCAGAAUUCCUUGCUUGUCGUGCCUUCGGUGUCAUUGGCGAAUUUGCCCCAGCUGACGGCCGAUCUACUCAUCACAUCUUUGGAUCUGAAACGAGUAGGAUGGAUAGGGAAAGGAGAUACUGUCAUACCAUUUGCAGGUCUGGACGGGGAUGUUCUUGUCACUGGUGGAAUGGAAGUUUAUGGAAAGCAUGGACUCAACAUAUAUGUUGUACAACAACGAUCUCCUACCUUGAAGAUCAGGAAAGAAGCGCAUGUCACAUUACUACGAGAUUUCCUUUCCUCCGUCAAUCCCUCGUUCGUUCUUAUCUUGACAAGCAUCAAUGCUUCUGAACAAGAUGAUGCACAACUAUUAACACCUCAUCAACAUAUUCUUCCUCCUUCACCUCCCAUGUCUCCCUAUAUCAGCAAGCUGCUCUCUCUUCCGAGACUACAACUCCACUUGAUUGACCCUAUCCAAAGUACAAACGGUACAUCGACUUAUCCACCCUUCCUUCCUUCGGCAGGUCUGACACGCCGGAUGCUCGUCGCUUUGAGGGAGACUUCAGUGCCGCAUGGAGCAAUCGCCGCGUGGUGCGCCGAGGGAGAUAACCGGGGAGAUGCUGUGGAGUUUACAAGAACUGUCUUGAAGGUCCUGGGAGAGGACGUGGAAUUGAAAGAACCUCUGAGCUGGGCGGGACUAUUUGGAUCUACGGAGGGAUGGAGCGGAGGAUGGGGGACGGAUGCUGAAAUUUACGGGUAGCUCAUUAUCUGGAUAGGUUUUAAAGUCUGGUGUUGAAUAUCCUACACGUCUCUGUAAGCAUCCCUAUCAUCAUGGGCUGGAAUCCUAUGUUCAUUUCCAAUAUGCCAGUUUAAUAUCCUUGUUAUCAUGUUUUUGCUCCG